AUGGCGGAGAACCUGUCGCGCCUGGAUGCCAACCAGCUGCAGACGGCGCUCGCCACCGCCAUCGCAGCGGAGGACUAUGUGCUUGCGGCAGCAAUACGCGACCGCAUGGAAACACUGGCGGCGAGCGACGAGGUGCAGCGACGUGCUGGGCCCGUGGUGCUGAGCGGCUGCGACGCCGUGAUCCAGUCUGAGACAGGCUCUGGCAAGACAGCGGCGUUCCUGGUUCCGGCUCUGUCCCGCCUGGUUUACCCCCCUGAGGUGUACCCCGAGGAUAUGUAUGGGCCGCAGCUGCUGGUGCUGGUGCCAACCUUUGAGCUGGGCACGCAGGUCGCGCUACUGGUGUACAAGAUGUUUGGCGGCAACAUCAGCAGCCAGCGGCCAGGGGACCCCGCGAACAUGUUCACGUACUUUGGUCCCAGGGCCAUCAAG